AUGGAUGCGCUGAGCUUCCUGAUGGGUGAAAGGAUGAGCAAUCUGUGUAUGAAGAUCCUGCAGGAGCUGAUCCAUAAUGUGUAUGUGGGCCUCCCCUCCAACACCAUGGCCAGCUACUGGCAGUAUAUGUGGAGGACAAUGGCCAGGAAAAUCUGGGGAGGGUCAUCAGAAGAUUCCAGGUUCCACUCCUGGCUGGUUGACCAGGCUUCCCCCUCAUACCCACAAGGACCAGAACCAGAAUCCCAAAGAAAGAGGGAAGUGAGGGUCAGACACCGGAGAAAGGCACAGGAGAAGAAUGCAGAGAACUUGGGGGAAAACCCCAACUGGGGAGGAGCAACCUUUCACUCCCAAGAAGCGAUGCCUAUCCUGUAUUUCUCUGGUAGGCGGGAACAGCUCUUGCUUCGCCCAGAGGUGAUGGCUGAGAUUCCCCGGGAAGCAUUCACAGUGGAAGCCUGGGUUAGACCAGAGGGAGGACAGAAUAACCCAGGAAUUAUAGCAGGUGUGUUUGACAACUGCUCCCAUGCUCUCAGUGACAAGGGCUGGGCCUUGGGUAUUCGGUCAGUGGAAUAUCAUGGAAGGAAGGAUGCUCGUUUCUUCUUUUCUCUCCGUACAGACCGUUUGAGGAAGGCUACAAUUGUGAUUGGGCAUAGCCGCUACUUGUCAGGUACAUGGACACAUUUAGUAGCUACUUAUGAUGGACAUCGCAUAGCUCUCUAUGUAGAUGGAGCUCAAGUUGCCAGUAGCCUGGGCCAAUCUGGCCCAUUGCAUAGCCCAUUUAUGGCAUCUUGCCGUUCUUUAAUCCUGGGUGGGGACAGCUCAGAGGACAGACACCAAUUUCGUGGGCAUGUGGGCACCUUGACUCUCUGGAACACAGCACUUCAACAAAGCCAGCUCCAGCAGAGUUUCUUGCAGCCAAGUGGAUAUGGAGACUUAGCUUCCUUGGCACUCAAUGCUGUUUUUGCUCCAAUGGAACAGCAAUGGGUAACCUUUAAAGAUGGGGAAUUCCCAAGACUUGAUAUGCUCCAGGAUCCAGAUCCUGAGCCUGAGAUUCUGCACCCUCUCAUGCCUCCACCCUGUGGGCAAACUGCCUGCGAUAAUGUGGAGUUGAUCACCCAAUACAAUUGGCACUGGCCACUGAGAAAUGAGAAGGUGAUCCGUUACCAAGUGGUGAAUGUAUGUGAUGAUGAUGGACUUCACCCUACUGUCAGAAGUGAGCAAAUCACCCGUCAACAUCAGGCUCUGAGUGCAGCCUUCAGCCGGUACAAUAUCAGCUGGCAACUGAGUGUUCAUGAAGUGCGUAACUCCACCUUGCGUUAUCGGGCUGUACUUGUGAACUGUGAGCCCAGCAAGAUUGGCAAUGAUCACUGUGACACUGAAUGUGAUCAUCCACUUACUGGCUAUGAUGGAGGUGACUGUCGCCUUCAGGGACGCUGUUACUCAUGGAAUCGGAGGGAUGGUGUGUGCCACAUGGAGUGCAACAACAUGUUGGAUGACUUUGAUGAUGGUGACUGUUGUGACCCUGAUGUGACUGAUGUACAGAAGACUUGCUUUGACCCUGAUUCACCCAAGAGGGCUUACAUGAGUGUGAAGGAGCUGAAAGAGGCUUUGCAACUGAACAGCACCCACUUUCUCAAUGUCUACUUUGCCAGUUCAGUCCGGGAGGACUUGGCAGGUGCUGCCACCUGGCCUUGGGAUAAGGAAGCCAUCAGCCACCUCGGUGGUGUGGUCCUCAACCCAACCUAUUAUGGAAUGCCUGGCCAUACCAACAUCAUGAUCCAUGAGGUUGGACAUGUCUUGGGGCUGUACCAUGUCUUCAAAGGAGUCAGUGAAAGGGAAUCUUGUGAUGAUCCCUGCAGGGAGACUACUCCAACCAUGGACACAGGUGACCUUUGUGCUGACACAGCUCCCACACCCAAAAGUAAGCUGUGUCAGGACCCAGAACCUACUAAUGACACCUGUGGCCAAAACCACUUCUCUGGGACACCGUUCAACAACUACAUGAGCUAUACAGAUGAUGACUGCACUGAUCACUUCACCCCAAACCAAGUGGCCCGAAUGCACUGCUAUUUGGAUCUGGUGUAUCAGCAAUGGAGUGAAAGCAGAAGACCCACCCCCAUCCCGAUUCCACCAGUGAUCAUUGGACAGACCCAAGAUUCCCUCACCAUUCACUGGCUGCCUCCCAUUAGUGGAGUUCUAUAUGAAAGGGAUGCUGGCAGUCUCUGUGGAGUAUGCACAGAAGAUGGGACUUUCCAUCAAUAUGUCCAUGCUGCCUCUUCUCGUCGUGUGUGUGACUCUUCAGGUUACUGGACUCCAGAGGAGGCAGUAGGACCCCCAGAUGUGGACCAACCCUGUGAGCCAAGCUUACAGGCCUGGAGUCCAGAACUCCAUCUAUACCAUAUGAACAUGACUGUCCCCUGUCCAGCAGAAGGCUGUAGUCUGGAACUGUUCUUCCUCCAUCCAGUCUAUGCAGAUAGCCUGACACUGUGGAUCACCUACCUCUCCAUGGAUUCCUCUCAGGCUCUCUUUGACUUGGAAGUCUUGAUGGAAAACCAUGAGUCUAUCCACCUGGGACCCUUGAAUACCUUCUGUGAUACUCCCCUCACUGUCAAACUCAAUGUUGAACAGAAGGUUUCAGGAGUGAAGGUCUACACAUUUGAUGAGAGGAUGGAAAUUGAUGCAGCUCUCCUGACCUCAAAGCCUCAUAGCCCACUGUGUUCUGGCUGCAAGCCUGUGAAGUACCAGAUCCUUCGGGACCCUCCAUUUAAAAGCAACUCCCCUGUCAUGGUGACACACCGUCAUAGGAAGUUCACUGACAAGGAAGUCAUGCCUGGUCAAGUAUAUCAGUAUCAAAUUCAAGCUACUGCUGGAACAGAACUGGGAGAAGCCUCUCCUCCUCUAAUCCAUAUCCAUGGCACCCCCUACUGUGGGGAUGGGCAGGUAACAGAGAAUCUUGGAGAAGAAUGUGAUGAUGGAGAUUUGCUUGAUGGAGAUGGCUGCUCUAGAAAAUGUGAAAAGGAAAAAGGCUUCAACUGUGUUGGGGAACCCAGCCUGUGCUACAUCUAUGAGGGAGAUGGGAUGUGUGAACCUUUUGAGAAGAUGAACAGUAUCCUGGACUGUGGUCUCUAUACUCCCAAAGGCUACUUGGAUCAAUGGGCCACUCAGGCUUAUACAUCUCAUCAGGAUAAUAAGAUGUGCCCUGUUUCUUUGGUAACUGGGGAACCCCUUUCCAAGGUUUGUAAAUCUCAUGCUCCCAAGUCUCCAGAGGACCAUUCUGUUGCUGGUUGGUUUCCCUGUAUCACUAGAGAAGGGGAGAGAAAGCAGCCUCAAAUUCACCUUGAGAGAGAUGAAAAGGUCUGGCUCAAGGUAUGCUUUGACCAACCUGGCAUGGCCACCACGGUUUUCAUUUUCUUGGCAUCUGAUGGCAUGAUUCAUGGGGAAAAACAGCAGCCAACAGUGACCCUUCAUUUGACUGAUGCCAAUGGACAAAACCACUCACUUGGAACCUAUGAAUUAUCAUGCCAGCAUAACCCAUUGGUUAUUAAUGUGACCCACAAUCUAAACUUCUUUCUUCACCAAACCACCUCAGUGUUGCUUAAUUUCUCUUCACCAUUUGUGGGCAUCUCAGCAGUGGCCCUAAGGACUUCCUUAACUAUUAGUCCUUUAGCUCCCAACAAUUGUGUCCCAGGGCAUGAAGAACAUGGACACCAACAAUCAAGCUGUGCCCGUCAGCCGUGUGGAGAACAGGGCAGCUGUGUGCCAUUACUACUUGACCAUGCGGAUGUUGUGAAUUGUACAUCCAGCAGCCCAGAACACAUGAAAUGUGCUGUCAUCUGUAAAAGGGGAUUCAUCCUCAAAUCCAGCAGUGGACAGAAACUAAGGCCCAUGCAGAAGGAGAUUCUGCUCACAUGUUCCUCUGGGUGCUGGGACCAAGCCAUCAGCUGUGUCCCCCUUGAUUGUGGUGUUCCUGACCAGUCACAUGUGUCCUAUGCAAGCUUCUCCUGCCUGGAAGGAACUGCCUUUCUAAAACGUUGUUCUUUCUCCUGUAUCUCACCAGCCAAACUUCAAGGAAUGAACCAGUGGUUGACCUGUCUUGAGGAUGGGCUUUGGUCUCUCCCAGAAGCUUACUGCAAAUUGGAGUGUGAUGUUCCCCCUGUCAUACCUAAUGCCAACCUGCUACUGCCCCGCUGCCUCCAGGGAAAUCAUGAUGUGGGGUCCAUCUGCCGAUAUCAAUGUGAACCUGGAUACUAUGUGGCCGAAAGUACAGAAAACAAGCCCAGAAACAAGCUUCUGAAGAUACAAUGCCUGGAGAGUGGAAAUUGGGAGCAAGGUAGCUGCAUUCCAGUAGUAUGUGAAUCCCCAUCUCCUAUCUUUGAAGGCAUGUAUACCUGUACCAAUGGCUUCAAGCUUGGUAGCCAGUGUGUGCUCAACUGUAACCUGGUCAGUCAAAGGAUGCCCAUAACUUGCACUAAAGAAGGAUUAUGGACAGAAGAGUUCAAGUUAUGUGAUAACCUUCAGGGGGAAUGUCCACCACCUCCAGAGCUCAAUUUUGUGGAGUACAAGUGUGAACAGGGAUAUGGAAUUGGUGCCAUGUGUAUACCAUCCUGUAUAAUCCCCCCUAGUGAUCCAGUUAUGCUGCCUGAAAACAUCACUACUGACACCAUGGAACAUUGGAUGGAACCUACCAAGAUACAGAAUAUAGUGUGUACUGGGAGGCGGAGGUGGCACCCAGAUCCCAGCCUGGUUCACUGCAUCCAAUCAUGUGAGCCUUUUCAAGCGGAUGGGUGGUGCGAUACAAUCAACAACCGAGCCUACUGUCAGUAUGAUGGUGGAGACUGCUGUUCUUCAACCCUCUCUUCCAAGAAGGUAAUACCAUUUGCUGCGGACUGUGAGCAAGAUGAAUGCACCUGCCGGGAUCCCAAAGCAGAAGAAAAUCAGUAAAGGGGGCAAGAAGACCCACUGCUGGCCCAGGAGUCUAUGAACCAGAGACAGCCCCACUGGGGGAGACCCUAUGGCUAAGGAAGGUGGGGUGGGUGAAGAGGAAGGGAAGUCUGAAGGAAAGAAUGCUCUGAAGACCAAGACUGUUGAUGAAAGGAGGAGGUUCCUGGAGGAGCACUUAAGAAACAAGGAGAGAGAAGAGGAAGACAUACUCUGUGAGAGAAUGCCUUGAAGUGCCAAGCAUGGCAAAAGACAUUUGUGAUUGCAAAUUAUCAUUAUCAAGGGGACGACCUCAUUCAAGUGACAUGAUAAACACUUGAUGGACCAAGGUCCCCCUGUACCAUGCUCCACUCUCAUUCUCAUCUCUGACACUCUCCUCUUCCUCCCCUGCUCUCCACACCACACCACCCACACCCGAUUUAUAAACUCAAACUCAAGAUCCCAGAGGAGAAGCUGCCAGGGACUCUUUGUACCUUCUUAUCAUAAAUGGUCUGCCAUCUAGCCAGCUCCAUCUUCUCUAACCUGUCUUGCUUCCUCUCUUCUGCUCUGUAGGCUUCUUCAGCAGUAAUGAAGUUAGUCAUGAACUCUCUACAAAUAUUUAAGCAAAACUACAUAAUUUACAUAAAUAUAUGAAAUAUAUUAUAUAUUUUUUGCUGUCUAUUAAGGUAAAAAACAAGUACCCUUUGUCACACACAUGCUGCUGUAAAGUACACGUCCCAAAACAAAUGCUGGGAAUCCAGGGGUAAGAACAGACAAUAGCCCUUUAAUCCUUUCUUUCUUGGGUGUAGGGCCUGGACAGGGAGUGAGAGACUGUGAUAACUGCAAUCCUAGCCAUCUUUUGAUAUGUUGGAUAAGGGCCCUGGGAGCAGGGCUGAGCAACACAAACACUCGGUGAAUAACAACUUAGUGGGAAGGAGACCAAGAGACCUGGAUCAUUCUCCCUCCCUUCCAGUGUCUAUUCAACAGAGUAGGCUUUGCCUGGAUGGUUGAUGUCCCUAAUAUUGAGCCAUCUAGAGGCGGCAUGAUGUAGUGAAUACAGAAUUGACUUGUGGGUUGAAGUCCUAACUCUGACAUAUGGUGGCUUUGUGAAGCAGCCAACUCACACUCUCACACAACCCUCUUAGACUUGUCUAUUGCAUAAGGAGUGCCAACCUGCAGGACCUUCUACUAAGGAAAGCACAAGUUCAAUCUCUCUCCCUAUGCUCCCUCCCAAUGGAGCCAUCUGGAGAAAACUAGGGUUUGGGGACUCAUAGGAACUCUGGUUAGUGGCCACAUGACUGUGACCCUAGUCCAGAUGCAUAUGUGAACCAGAAAAAUUUUCAGUCCUGUCAUCUUGGGUAUGAGGUUUAGGAAAACCUAACGAGACAUAGAUAUCAGGAUACAGGAAUGAGGACAGAGACUGGAUUGAGACCGAAGUUUAUGGGCAACUGAGAAAUGCUAGAAGUCACUUUCCCAUUUCAAGAAUAUUUCAUUGGAAGGAAAGGAGCAGAAACUAGGCUAGAGUCAUCUUUGUUCUUUCUUUCUAGGGCAGGUGAAAGAUUGAAGUCCCUUGCUUUCAAUGUCAAAAACCUUAAUUAUAGUUUCCAAAUGCAAUUAUUCUGUAUUUAAGAAGCCUCUUUCAUGGAUUGGCAAGAUGGCCAUUUAGACAAACUAAAUAAUGGAGGAUUCCUGUACAUGUAAGAAUCCCAUCUGGUUCAUGAAAUCCAGUUGAAAAAAUAAUUAGACUUAAGAAAUUUUGUGAUAGAUCCUCUCCAUAUGCUAUUGCCCCAUGUUUCUUUAGCUCAGUAACCAUUGCUCCCCUGACUUGUCCAUGAUCUCUCUAUAUUCGUGAUUUUCCUUUAAAUCCCCAAUUCCGAUGCUUAGCAGAACGAGAUGCUAAAGGCAUGUUUCCUAGUGAUAACAUUCACUGCUUCUGACUCUAAGACGACUCACUUGACAGGCAUUAUUCAGAGGCUUUUUGUUUUUUUCCAUUCCCAAACCUGACAGGGUAGGAUGGAAAUUGCCUGGUGUGUAUAACUUGAAUAUGAAUCUUACUUGGUCACUUAAGCAGUAUUUCCCAAAGACCUUAAGUGGUCAUUAGUGUAGCCCCAAGAAUUCACUCUCUUAUCAUCCCUGCCUUCUGCUUUUUGUCUUUGUCACAGGAGACCUCUCCUCUAAUCUAGAGGAGAGUUUACUAAUAUAUAUAUACAUAUAUAUGUAUAUAUAUAUAUUGGAAAUGAAAGUGGGGGGACGAGGAGUAGAAAGUCACUGAUAAAGAUGAAGAAAAACUGAGAAUAACAGAAAAGAUCUAUCAGCUUUAGAGUUAAAGGAGGCCCCAGUUGGGGGUGGGGGGUGGUGGUGAGAGAGAGAUGGAGGAAGAAAUGAGUCAAGGUGACUUAGUACCUAAGCCAAGCCUGGAAGCAUACCCAGGGGGUUGCUUUUGGCAGGAAGAGAUGAACCAGAGAAUCCAAAGGAAAUCCAAAUCAAAUGUUGCAUGAAGAAUCUGUGACCCGUAGAUACAGACUAAGCUAACUGGAGAAACUCAUAGAGUUAGGGUGACACUCUGUGGGGAUAUUGGUGAAUUUCAGUAAUAUGAAACCCACAGUUUUUAUUUUUAGACAUUUAAGGCCCAAUGAUUUAAUUUUAAAGCAAGUGAGAUUGUGAUCUGCCUGCCAAUAAAGUAGAUUUAAAUGUGAGUCCUUGCCUUGCCCUCCCCACAUUCAGAAACUCCCAAAGAUAUGUGUUUCUCGUUGGUAAUUGGAUAAACCUCUAGUAGGUGCAUGGUGACUGCUCCUUAGCACCUUGGACCAGUAACCAUGGGAAAGCAAAGACUAAUCGGUUAUAGGUUCAUCUUGUACUACCUUCAUUUUCCAUUGAAAACCUGAAUGUGUAAAAGAAGAAGAAGGAAAGAUGAACUCUGGAACUCUUCUGAAAAAAUUGCAUGGCAUAUACAUGUUAGCCCACUAGCUACUCACUAGUGCACAGUUUGCUUUUUCACAGAAGGAUUAAUGUUCAUUCAUCAACUGUCAUGUUAAACAUUAUUUUCAGUCACCAUUUUUGACAUACAGAAGAGCACAUAUUCUAAAAUGAAAAGGCAAAGGGAGGGGAAGCAUACAUUAUCUCAGAGAGCAGGGCUUCCUUGUGUCAUAGACCCCUUUUAGCAGCCUGAUGAAGCCUAUGGACCCCUCUUCAUCAGAACAAUGCAUUUUAAUGCAUAAAAUAAAAUUCAUAAGUUUACAAUUGUUGUCGUGUCCCCAUUUGAGGUUUUCUUAGCAAAAGUACUAUAGUGGUUUGCCCUUUCCUUUUUGAGGAAACUGAGACAAACAGGGUUAAAGUGACUUAUCGAGGGCUAAACAGCUAAUGAAUAUCUGAGACCAGAUUUGAACUCAGGAAGACUUCUUGACUCCAGGCCUGGAACUCUAUCUACUGUGCCACCUAGCAAUUCCAUUAUUUUGAAAUAAAAUUAUUUAAAUGGUUUUAAAAAGUGCAAUGACCCCAGAUUAAGAUCCUUUGUCCUAGAAGAUACAGUAGGAUGAGAACAAAAGAAAGUAAACAAAAACAAACUCUAACCUAAUUUUGAUAAAGCAUUCUUGUGUACACCCAAGGCUUCAGAAAAUCAAUCAAAUAUAUUUCUGACUCUGAAACAGACUCUUGGAUUCUUAGAAUGCUGGUGAGCUUUUCUUGGAAAGCAUUGGAAAGAAUGAGUUAAUUAUUAUACAAAUGAACAUGGUGGAAACAUGGUUUGGGUUGGAACAUGGAGAUGGGGAGAAUUCUAAUUUCUUGGGAAAGUCUUAGGGCUUUUAUAAAUUGUCUAAUGUUCCAGAUAGGGUUCAGAGAGUUAUGAUAUCCAUUAAAGCUGCCCAGGCAUAGUUGCAGUCCCAAACAAGAAUAAGAAGUCUUCAUUCAUGCUAGCCUCUGUAUUUGCCCUGCCUUCUCAUGAAGUUGACAGUAAAUAGCAUUUUUUGUUUGGACUUCUUUAUUUUUAAACAUUUUGUUUCAUGUUGUCUAUGACUUAUCAUGGCAAGAAGGCAAGAGCACCCAUUUCUUGUUGUCAGAAAAGUAAUGGGGGUCACACGUCAUCAUCCACUCAGUCUGGCCAGCCCUGAUCUAGCUGGUGGCAGGGUCAUCAUUCAACUCUAGCCAUUCGGAGAUGACAAUUUCCUCCAGGUUUUGUCUCUGAGAUCCCUGGACUUUUAUCAAUUAAUCAUUCAUUAAACAUGUAACAAGUGCUUGCUAUGUGCUAGGCAGUGUGCUAAAGCACUGAAGAUACAAAAGCAGGAAAGAGACAUGAGGAACUAUAUUCUAACAGUUCAGCCAUCCAAAUACUAUCUGUCAGGAAUUUUUAUGCCCUUCUCUAGGGGAAUUCCUAGGGGAUAAUGGCAUUUACUCAGUCUUUGCUCACUUUGCACCUGCAGAUGAAAAAUCUAAUGGUCUAUUAUAGGAAGAAGUCUAGCUGUUUAUUCUUGGUUCCAAAAACACAUUAAUUAAAGGUGUGUUAAGAUAACCCAAAAGUCUGAUCAACUCUUUCGUGGUGCUACCUCUGAACAAGAUAGUAGCAGGGGUGAGAAGAGAGAGAGAGAGAGAGAGAGAGAGAGAGAGAGAGUCAGACAGACUGAAAGACAGACAGACAGAAGAAAGGGCUACAUAUGAAACAAGGGGACCAUUCUUGAACACAUUCUUCUCUUCAUUACCAAGGAUUUGACUUGGCUCUUCUUCCCCUUCUACCCUGUAAAUUGUUACUGGGCUCAUCAGUUCAAAUCCCUUGAGAAUGGUGUGAUUGGGGACACAGUGAAAGGAACUGAUCUACUGUAUCGUAAAACUGCUAAAGCCAGUUAUUUUGUAUUAUAUGUUCAUUAAAAAAAUCAACACAUAAAAGAUAAAA